CAACAUGUCGGGAGCUAUAACUUGCUCUGCGGCGGAUCUCUCCGCCCUACUCGGCCCCAACGCCACGGCCGCAGCUGACUAUAUCUGCGGCCAGUUGGGUACCGUAAACAACAAGUUUACCGAUGCAGCCUUCGCUAUAGACAACACUUACCUCCUCUUCUCUGCCUAUCUCGUCUUUGCGAUGCAGCUUGGCUUUGCUAUGCUCUGUGCUGGCUCUGUUAGAGCCAAGAAUACCAUGAACAUCAUGCUUACCAAUGUUCUUGACGCUGCAGCCGGAGGACUCUUUUACUAUCUUUUUGGUUAUGCCUUUGCCUUUGGAGGAUCCUCGGAAGGAUUCAUCGGAAGACACAACUUUGCUCUUAGAGACUUCCCAACUCUCACAGCUGACUACUCUUUCUUUCUCUACCAAUGGGCGUUCGCAAUCGCGGCCGCUGGAAUCACAAGUGGUUCGAUCGCGGAGAGGACUCAGUUUGUGGCUUACUUGAUAUACUCAUCUUUCUUAACCGGAUUUGUUUAUCCGGUUGUCUCUCACUGGUUCUGGUCCCCGGACGGAUGGGCUAGUCCCUUCCGUCCAGCAGAUGAUCGUUUGUUUAGUACCGGAGCAAUCGAUUUUGCUGGCUCAGGUGUUGUUCACAUGGUUGGUGGCGUAGCAGGUUUGUGGGGUGCUUUAAUCGAAGGUCCUCGUCGUGGUCGGUUCGAGAAAGGCGGACGUGCUAUUGCUCUGCGUGGCCACUCCGCGUCGCUUGUAGUCUUAGGAACCUUCCUCCUAUGGUUCGGUUGGUAUGGUUUCAACCCCGGUUCCUUCACCAAGAUACUCAUUCCAUAUGAGUCCGGUUCCAACUACGGCCAAUGGAGCGGAAUAGGCCGCACAGCGGUUACAACCACACUCUCGGGAUGCACCGCAGCUCUAACCACACUCUUUGGAAAACGUCUCCUAUCAGGCCAUUGGAACGUAACCGAUGUUUGCAACGGCUUACUCGGUGGGUUUGCGGCCAUAACCGCAGGCUGCUCCGUGGUAGAACCAUGGGCAGCUAUCGUCUGCGGCUUCAUGGCUUCUCUAGUCCUUAUAGGAUGCAACAAGCUCGCGGAGCUCCUACAAUAUGACGAUCCCCUCGAGGCAGCCCAACUACAUGGAGGGUGUGGCGCGUGGGGUUUGAUAUUUGUAGGAUUGUUUGCUAAAGAGAAGUAUCUAAACGAGGUUUAUGGCGCCACCCCGGGAAGGCCGUACGGACUAUUCAUGGGCGGAGGUGGGAAGCUGCUGGGAGCACAGCUGGUGCAGAUUCUUGUGGUCAUAGGAUGGGUUAGUGCCACCAUGGGAACACUCUUUUUCAUCCUUAAAAAGCUCAAUCUGCUUAGGAUCUCGGAGAAGGAUGAGAUGCAAGGAAUGGAUAUGACGCGUCAUGGUGGCUUUGCUUAUAUAUACCAUGACAAUGAAGACGAGUCUCAUAGAGUAGACCAUGGAUCUCCUUUCCCUCGUUCAGCUACUCCUCCUCGCGUUUGAUUUUUAAGCCUUUUGUAAUCUACUAUUGGUAAGUAUUGUUGCAUGUUGUGUAUUUUGCUUUCUGAUGAAAUAUAAAUCUUGAAUAUAUAGUUUUGUUUUGUUUCGAGUGAUCUAUAUAUGAUCUUUCUGUGUU